CGACGCCCAUCGGCUUCCCUCCUGCGGUGGCUCAGUUGCUCCCCUCCUUCCCUAUCGCGUCCCAGGCCCUCAUCCUCUGUCCUCAUGGUCCCUGAGCCCGGUCCUGCCAACCACAGCGCCCCAGCGUGGGGAUCGGAGCCGCCGCCGGCGCCAGGGGGCAGCGGCUGGGUGGCGGCCGCGCUGUGCGUGGUCAUCACGCUCACGGCGGCGGCCAACUUGCUGCUCAUCGCGCUCAUCUGCACGCAGCCGGCGCUGCGCAACACGUCUAACUUCUUCCUGGUGUCGCUCUUCACGUCGGACCUGAUGGUGGGGCUGGUGGUGAUGCCGCCCGCCAUGCUGAACGUGCUGUACGGGCGCUGGGUGCUGGCGCGCAGCCUCUGCCUGCUCUGGGCCGCCUUCGACGUGAUGUGCUGCAGCGCGUCUAUCCUCAACCUCUGCCUCAUCAGCCUGGACCGCUACCUGCUCAUCCUAUCGCCGCUGCGCUACAAGCUACGCAUGACGCCCUCUCGUGCCCUGGCGCUCGUCCUGGGCGCCUGGAGCCUCGCCGCUCUGGCCUCAUUCCUGCCCGUGCUGCUUGGCUGGCAUCAACUGGGCUACGCUCGGGCACCCGCCCCGGGCGAAUGCCGCCUGUUAGCCAGCCUGCCUUUCGUCCUUGUGGCGUCGGGCCUCACCUUCUUCCUGCCCUCGGGGGCCAUCUGCUUCACCUACUGCAGGAUUUUGCUGGCUGCGCGCAAGCAGGCUGUGCAGGUGGCCUCCCUCAGCACCGGCACAGCGGGCCAGGCCUUGGAGACAUUGCAGGUGCCCAAGGCCUCACAGCCAGGGGUGGAGUCUGCUGACAGCAGGCGUCUGGCCACCAAGCACAGCCGGAAGGCCUUGAAGGCCAGUCUGACGCUGGGCAUCCUGCUGGGCAUGUUCUUUGUGACCUGGCUGCCCUUCUUUGUGGCCAACAUAGUCCAGGCUGUGUGUGACUGCAUCUCCCCUGGCCUCUUCGAUGUCCUCACAUGGCUGGGGUACUGUAACAGCACCAUGAACCCCAUCAUCUACCCGCUCUUCAUGCGGGACUUCAAGAGGGCCCUGAGCAAGUUCCUGCCCUGCCCCCACUGUCCCCAGGAGCGCCGGGCCAGUCUGGCCUCUCCCUCCAUGCGGACCUCUCACAGCGGUGCCCGCCCUGGCCUGAGCCUGCAGCAAGUGCUGCCACUGCCGCUGCCUCCGGACUCCUCAGACUCAGACUCUGGUGGCUCCUCUGGCCUGCGGCUUACAACCCAGCUGCUGCUGCCUGGAGAAGCCACCCGGGACCCCCCACAGCCCACCAGGCCCGCUGCUGUGGUUAACUUCUUCGACAUCGAUCCGGCGGAGCCCGAGCUUCGGCUGCACCCCCGCUGUACCCCCACGAACUGACCGCGUUUGGAGCUGACCAGUGAGAACUGGACUGGGUGGGGACCAAGCCCCGGAGGCCCUGAGCCAACCCUUGGCUAAGGCCAGGGAGCUGCAGGUGUCUUGAGAGCCCUCUGAGCUUCAGAGGGUGCACUGAGCUGACGUCCUGCACGUCUCCAGGCCCCUGACCUGAGGAGAGCCGGCUUGGGCACAGAAGAUGAGCUGUCACUGCCAAUCAGUUGAGGUUUCUGUAGAGGAUGCUGGGUGGGGUGGGAGUUGGGACCCAAGACCUCUUGGUUCAGAUUAGGUUAAAAGCAAUCCUGACCUUUGCUCUUUCUCCCAGGCUAGCGGUAGGCACACUUUCUAUGGGUGUGGCUUCAUGUGUGGCCCAGUCUUGGCUACCCAAAGUGCAGUUCUCAGGCCUGGAGCAGCCUCCCCACCUUUCAGGUGUUCUGCAGGGUGCACAUCUCGCCCGCCUCAGAGCUGCUGUCAGUAUUGUACCCUAACGAGGUCCCCGGUGAUACAGUUUGAGAUGUGCUGGCUGGGAUGUCCUUGAACCCCGAGGAGGACUUGAUGGGCCCUUCUCAGGCCCGCCAGUCCCCAGGAUGAGAGUGGCAGCACAGCAGUGCCCUUGAGCCUGGGAGUCAGGUGGGCAUAUUAGCACCUUCGCACAGGUUCCUUAAUUUCUGAGUCACAGGUGUCUCUGGAGUAAUGAUGCCACUUUGUAGCUUUAAGACUUAGGAUGAUGCACAUGGUGUGGCCUGUUGUUAUAACCUCAGUGGGCCAGAAGGGGCUGUGUGUUUCCACUGUUGUUCUUUAGCAAUACAGGGGAUGGAACCCAGGAUUUUGCACAUACUAGUCAAGUGCUCUACCACUGAGCCCACCCUCCAAGGUCUAGAUUCCCACCACCUGACUGGUUCCACAACUCCUUUUCUGGGUACUAGAUGGGGCUCCCACUGCUCAGGGACCCUCGCAGCUCCCAGCCUGUGUCGUCUCUCCUGGGGCAGAGGGGAAGAUGGCAGUUUCUUGUUCAACAUCAGGGAUGGGUUUUGCUACAUCCUGGGCUUCCAGAAACUAAUGGGAUAAAUCCAGCCCCUUGUCCUGCCCGCUUCCAGUCUCUCUCAGGGCCAAUGAAGGAGCCUGGAAUGGUGGCUACUUCAGUCCACAGGGGAGAGUUAGAGAACUGUCCCUGGUGCGAGGUGGGGCAACAGGCAGGCAGGCGGACUCUUUGGGCAGGAGGUGUGGGAAUUUGGUUCCUAAUGUACCUGCUCUAUUGGGUUUUUCUUAAAGCCUCCAAGUUUCAUCAACCCCUAACCUACCAGGGGCCUGGCGCUCUCCUUGGUGCUGAAACCCAACUUGGUCCUGGCUGCUGGCUGCAGAGCGGCCAUGGUGCUUGCUGGGAC